UGAUUCCCGGAGUGUGACGUAGCAGAGGACGCCAUUAGACUGGCUCGGCAGUACACACUCACACAGGCGGAAAUAGUGUUUUCUUUUUCUCUUCGGUUCUUCACUCUCUCAGUCGGGCAGUUUCACCCCGUGGUCUCCCUUCACCGUUUCACACCAGACGAAUGUAGAUAUCUAAUGUGAGGCGGCAGGAGGCGAGCGCUCGGUUUACUUUUCUUUGCUGAAGUUGAAGAAGGAGAGAGCUUCUCUCCACCAUGGCGGCUGCUGGCGCCACUACUGCUCACAGAACAUACUCCUUCAAGGUGGUGUUGUUAGGGGAAGGCUGCGUGGGCAAGACCUCCCUGGUCCUCCGCUACUGUGAGAACAAGUUCAACGACAAACACAUCACGACCCUCCAGGCAUCGUUCCUUACAAAGAAGCUCAACAUCACGGGCAAGAGAGUCAAUCUGGCUAUUUGGGACACAGCUGGGCAGGAACGGUUCCACGCUCUCGGCCCAAUCUACUACAGAGACUCCAACGGAGCCAUUUUAGUCUACGAUAUUACCGAUGAAGACUCUUUCCAGAAGGUGAAAAACUGGGUGAAGGAAUUAAGGAAAAUGUUGGGAAACGAAAUAUGUUUAUGUAUAGUAGGUAAUAAAAUCGAUCUGGAAAAAGAGAGACAUGUUUCAGUGGAAGAGGCUGAGGCGUACGCGGAGUCAGUUGGGGCAAAACACUACCACACGUCAGCUAAAUUAAACAAAGGAAUUGAAGAAAUGUUCCUCGACCUGUGUAAAAGAAUGAUGGAGACGGCACAGGUGGAGGAGAGAUCCAAGGGGAACGGGACAAGCCACGCAAGCACGGGACGAAGAGGCGUUCAGAUCAUCGAUGAUGAACCACAAGCUGCUACUGCAGCCGGAGGGUGCUGUUCUUCAGGCUAGGACUCCGUUAGUGCUCGCUCUCUCUCUCUCUCUCUCUCUCUCUCUCUCUCUCUCUCUCUCUCUCUCUCCCCAUCUCUCUCCAAAAGUACUGGUACUCUUCAUCAGUCACUUGUUCUCUGCUCUGUAACACUGAUGGCUUCAGCCGUGAUUUGUUUUCCUGUUGACUGCAAAGUUGGAAUACAGCAUCUAAUGGAUCUUCUCAGUUACUUGUUACUGUGGUAACCCAAUCACUCUCUCAGGCUCUCUAUCUCUCUCUCUCUCUCUCUCUCUCGCACACACAUACACAUGCGCUCUUUCUGAAUAUUUGAACACGCACUAAGAUCUGAUUUUCUAAGCUUUUUUUUGUGGUGUCGUUGUCGUCGUCGUCGUUGUUGUACAUGUCGGGUUGAUUUCCAUGAAAGCGUUUUCUUUUAUUUAGAAGCUUAAAGGAAGUAAGUACCCAUUAUUUAAUAACUUAAACAUACACACUGAACUCCUGAAGUCCUUGUGGUAAUUUAGUGAGCUUCUGUCUUUCUGUCCCCAACCUUCAGUUCCUGACAUCAUGGCUAAUCAGAAGGUUUAUUAAACUUGCUCUCUAGAUGGUUUUGGACUUGUAUGUACAACGAAACAAAAUACACCUGCAGCAUAUUAAUAUUUUAUUCGCUUUUACAGCUUUUUUUUUUUUUUUUUUUUUUUGGGAACUAGCCACUUGUAAAAGUAUUCAGUACUCACAGCAGUUGCGUCCGUGCAAAUGGUCAGACUGCAAAAAAACUAACAGGAGGAUGAAGAAGGAUCCUAAUACAGUAGCAACGAAAAAAUAACAGAUUUGUAAGUAUUCAAGCCUUCAUUAGGGGUACAGGGCAUUUUACCCCCACUACUACAGUAUGUUUCAGACACCCCCCCCCCCCCCCCACACCCCUGUUCUCAAUAUAAUCUCAUGUUUCGUUUUCUUUAUGAUCUUUAAAGGCCGGGUUGUUUUCUAUGAAAGCAGAAUUUUUUAUUUAAAAAAAAAAAAAAAUAAUAAUCAAUUGCAAAUUUGUGACCUUUCAGUUAAUGACAUCCUUUACCUUAUGUUUAAGUGCCAAGACUUCUCGAGUGUUACAAUAGGCUAAAUUCCAAAACCUGAGUAUUAAGCCAAUCCUAUCUAUUUUAAUUUAUGUAUGUAUUAUAUUUCCCCAACCACCCCCCUCCCCCACGGUCCGCUUCUCUUUUAGUGCCAUUUGCAACGGUUAUCCUGAACUAACCGAAAGUGUUUCAGAGCCACAUAGCACUUAGCUCCUCCUGUAUGUUGGAUAAUGAUACUGAAAUGUGAGUAUUCCUUGAAAAGGAAUUGAAUCAAAUUGAAAGAAGAAAAGGUGAGGGCUUGUUUUGCCUUUGGAACGGUUAAAAAUUGUUUAGCUUAACAUGAGUGUGUUGUAUUUGUUGACAGAAAGUGUGUAUGUGUGUGUUUUUAAAUACAGCAUUUGAAUGAUUUUUGGGUGUCUGAAUAUUUUUCCAAGUGGCUAUUGGUGGUGUGUAUAAUAGUUAAAUGAUUUAUAAAGUGAAGAAUAAUAAUUAUGGGUGAAAGCACACGUUUGGAACUUUUAUUUUUUAUUAUUUAACUGCUUCUGUCAUUGUUGUGUAAUAGAACAAUUAUAUAUAUAUAUAUAUAUAUAUAUAUAUAUAUAUAUAUAUAUAUAUAUAUAUAUAUAUAUAUAUAAAAUACAUCAGUAUCUAGGUGUUAAACACAUGGUUGUUAUUUAAAAACAUGUUUGUUUGUUUGUUUGUUUGUUUGUUUUCUUUAAACUUUAGUUUAAGCAUGCUACGCAAAAGUUUUUGCCAUAUGAACACACUGGCCAGUCACUUUAUUAGGAACACCAUACUAAUACUGGGGAGAACCCCAACCACCUGUGCUGUGAGAUUCUGGUCCAUGUUGACAUGAUUGCAGUACGCAGUUCUUGCAGAUUUUUGAGCUACACAUUCGGGCUGUGAGCCUCCUAUUCUUCCACAUCCCACGUAAAGUACACUGAAGUGAACUCGGUGUCAUGUUCAUGGAACCACUGUGAAAUGGUGCAUUGUGAUGCUGCUAGUACUCAUUGUAAAAUGGGUUUGUAAAACAAUUAUGGCCGUAAAUAGAUGCAUGUGGUCAGGAACAAUAUUCAGAUACUCAACAGUACUCUAGCUGUGGCAUUCAAGCAGCACUCGAUUGGUAUUCAUGAGCAAAGAAAGCAUUCCCCACAUCAUUACACCACCUCUACCAGCCUGAAGUGUUGACCGGUUGGGAUCCAUGGAUUCACACUGCUGACACCAGACCCUACCGUUUGAGUGCCUGCACAGAAACUGAGAUUCAUUCCAUUCUUCAGCAGUUUUGGUGAUCAUGUGUCCACUGUAAGUGUUCUUGGCUGACAGGAGUGGAACCCGAUGUGGUCUUCUACUGUUGUAGCUCAUCUGCCUUAAGUUUCAACACGUUGCGUGACCGUGUUCUGCUUUUCUGCUCACCACGGUUGUAAACAGUUGUUGUUUUAGUUUUUGUAGCCUUCCUGUCACUUCAAACCAAUCUGGCCAUUCUCCUCUGACUUCUCACAUCAGCAACAGACCUGCUGCUCACUGGAUGUUUUUUGUUUUCUUUUCCUUUUUUUCUGCACUUUUCUGAUCACCUGCAUGAUGUCAUGUAUUGUGUUGCUGCCACAUGACUGGAUCAUUGCAUGAAUGAGCACGUGUACAGGUGUUCCCUAAUAAAGUGGCCGGUGAGUCUA